UAUAAAUCUAUGUUUGUUUGCUUUUCUUCUCUAGCGAACGUGUGUUUUUUAUAUAUGAGUAGAAGGCUUUGCCUUAAACUUCCAGUUUUUUUCGAGCAUUUGUAGACUUUUCUAAAGUAUUUUAGUUUGUGUACAGCAACCUACCGAGUAGGACGUUCUAUCUAGACUGACUUCAAGUUAAUACCGCUAGCAUGGAGUUAUGGCUAUCCAGUGCCUUUAAAAGCCUCAUCGAGGAGGAGGACUUUGUGGACUGCCGUGUAAUCGUGGAGUCGCAGGCCUUCCCGUGCCACAAGGUGAUGUUGGGCGUCGCCUCGGACUUCUUCAAGCGCAGUUUCAUGCCCGGAUUAGAGGGAACUGAGACUGGGGAACUACAUCUGGAGAACGUGUCGGCAGAUACUUUCAAGAAAUUUCGCUGGCUGCAACAACGAGUCGAUCGUAAAGCUGAUGGAGUGUGCCCACAUGUGGAUGAUUCCAUCGCUUAGGAAGGCCUGCGAGGAGAUCGCCGUGCCGAGAAUUAACCAGAUGGUCCUCUCCGAUCUACUGAUCUACUUUGACAGUGCGCUUAAGUCCGAGAAUGAGUAUAUGAUCACGCACACCUCACAGGCCCUGAGAAAUUGGUGCAGCUCGAAGAUUAUAACCGACGAGGUUUAUCAACUGGAAUCGAAUGCCUUCAGAGAAUUCGUAACCCGUAUAAAGGGCUCUAUAAGCGAAAGAGUUCUUUUCGAUCUGGUGGAGAAGUACGUUAUAAUGCAAGGGCUUUUUACACAAAACCUUAGCAAGCAUAAGAAGUUGGAAUGCCAUGGAAUCGCCAGCAAGAACAAAAGUAGCGAAAUAGAACAGGUGGUGGACCUUACGGAAAUUAGUAGCUCCAAGUCCUUGCCAAAAAAGGAUAUCAAUGAGGAGUAUGUGAAGAGUCUUAUUAGUCUAAUAACCUUUACGGAUAUGACACAUAGUGAAUUCUUUGAGGGCCCCGGAAAGUCCGAUCUGAUUAAUAUGGAUGAUAAAUUUCAAUUCAUGUACAAAAUUGCUUGUUCUAAUAAUCAAGUCAGAAUUGGUAGAUCAGGUCGAAUAUCUUUUACUUAUUGGGCCACAAUAAUGAACUCGUAA